AUGUCGGCCCCAAAUGAAAACGGCUACAAGCCUCUUCUGCGUACUUCCAAGUACCAGAACCCCGUCAACUACACCAUGACACCUGCUGCACUGCGCGCACGCAAGCCCUACUUUUGGAAAAACACCAUUGCCUCUAUUGUUCUCUUUGGUGUUGUAGGUGGUAUUUACUUCUACUCUCUUAAUGCUCUUGUUCAAGAUGACUUUGGUGACAUUCCUGUGCCUCCUAUUUCCGACGAUAAACUUGCUGAGCUGCGAAGGAAGCGUGAUGAGGAGAAGAAGGCCGACCACUAA